UAAGCGAAGCAGUAACUGGUUAAGCUGGAAUUUCAUUCAGGCCUAGGACUUGAACAAGGAUCCUGUAGGAGGUCAUUUAGUUCAUCCUCUUGCCUGCCUACAAACUUAAAUUGUUUGGUCUGCUUUUAAAGAUAUCUAGGAAAGAAGGGUCUUUUAUUUUCUUGUACUACUUGGGUGAAGAACAGGUCUUAUUUUUCACAUAAACCGAUGCAGAAACUUAAGUUCAAGAAAAUUUAGGACAGUUGGAAUCAUCAGAGGUUUUUAAUUUACUGAAUACAAUUAAAUGUGGCAAGGAUCUUUUUUAGGUGGUCAAUUAACAAGUCACUUUUUGAUAAUUAUGAAAUACUGUGGAUAAUCAUGUUUUCUGUCUGGGAUUUUAGUUUUCUAAUUCUUUGAUAAGCAGUUUUAUAUUCUAUAAUAUGUGUUACAUAUUUAUUUCUUGUUUAUGUAAAGUGUUUUUCUCACACACAUCCACCCACACAUUUGCCUUUUCCAAAGGGAAUUUUAUCUUGCAUACCUUUUUUUUUAAUUUUUUAGUUGUAGAUAGACACACUACCUUUACUUUAUUUAUUUUUAUGUGAUGCUGAGGAUCAAACCCAGUGCCUCAAGUGUUAGGCAAGCACUCUACCACUCUACCAUCACCUUUUCCGGUUAAUGAAAAAAGUUAGAACUUCCAAGGUUUUUCCCAGAUAGCUGAAAUCAAUUCGUGUAUUUUAUUUUUUUGUCUAAAUGAAAAUCCUUUCUUUCAGAAACCUUCUUGAAACAAUUUUCCUACUUGCUCCUAUCUGGUGACUAAGGGAAUUACUAAGACUCUUCUCGUUCAUUUCUGAGUAUUGUCUGAACUAUUCCUGACACUAUGAAUGCUACUUGGAUGCCUCUUAAGUCUGUUCUCAGGGGAGGCAGUAAGAGGCUGUGGAGCUGGCCUCGGCACCGGCAUCGGGAGAGGCUGGACUUCCUGUCUCUCUGUGCUGAAUGGCUGCGAUGGCGCCCGCUCUCACCGAUGCAGCAGCUGAAGCACAUCACAUCCGGUUCAAACUGGCUCCCCCAUCCUCCACCUUGUCCCCCGGCAGUGCCGAAAAUAACGGCAACGCCAAUAUCCUUAUUGCUGCCAACGGAACCAAAAGAAAAGCCAUUGCUGCAGAGGAUCCUAGUCUAGACUUCCGAAGUAAUUCUACCAAGGAAGACUUGGGAAAGCUGCAACCACUGGUGGCAUCUUACCUCUGCUCUGAUGUAACAUCUGUUCCUUCAAAAGAGUCUUUGAAAUUGCAAGGGGUCUUCAGCAAGCAGACAGUCCUUAAAUCUCAUUCUCUGUUGUCUCAAUCCUAUGAACUCCGAGCUGAGCUGUUGGGGAGACAGCCAGUUUUGGAGUUUUCCUUAGAAAAUCUUAGAACCAUGAAUACAAGUGGUCAGACAGCUCUGCCACAAGCUCCUGUAAAUGGGUUGGCUAAGAAAUUGACUAAAAGCUCAACACAUUCUGAUCACGACAAUUCCAGUUCCCUCAAUGGGGGAAAACGGGCUCUCACUUCAUCUGCUCUUCAGGGAGGUGAAGUGGCGGUAACUGACUCUGGGGACAUAAAGGGGGGUAUGACCAAUUGCACUCUUCCACACAGAAGCCUUGAUGUAGAACACACAACUCUAUAUAGCAAUAAUAGCACUGCAAACAAAUCUUCUGUCAAUUCCAUGGAACAGCCAGCACUUCAAGGAAGCAGUAGGUUAUCACCUGGUACAGACUCCAGCUCUAACUUGGGGGAUGUCAAGUUAGAGGGCAAAAAAUCUCCCCUGUCUUCCAUUCUUUUCAGUGCUUUAGAUUCUGAUACAAGGAUAACAGCUUUAUUGAGGCGUCAGGCUGAUAUUGAGAGCCGUGCCCGUAGGUUACAGAAGCGCUUACAGGUUGUACAAGCCAAGCAAGUGGAGAGGCAUUUGCAGCAUCAGCUGGGUGGAUUUUUAGAGAAAACUUUGAGCAAAUUGCCAAAUUUGGAAUCCUUGAGAUCCCGGAGCCAGUUGAUGCUGACCCGAAAGGCUGAAGCUGCCUUGAGAAAAGCUGCCAGUGAAACUACCACUUCAGAGGGACUUAGCAACUUCUUGAAAAGCGAUUCAAUUUCAGAAGAAUUGGAGAGAUUUACAGCUAGUGGCAUAGCCAACUUGCGGUGCAGUGAACAAGCAUUUGAUUCAGACAUCACUGACAGUAGUUCAGGAGGGGAGUCUGAUAUUGAAGAGGAAGAAUUGACCAGAGCUGAUCCUGAGCAAUGCCAUGUAUCCCUGCUACGAAGUUCUGGAGGCAGGAGGAUCACUGAGGAGGAGGAUGCCACUUCCAGGAGACGCAGGUCAGAAUGGAGAUGGGCUGCAGACCGAGCAGCUAUUGUGAGCCGCUGGAACUGGCUUCAAGCUCAUGUUUCUGACUUGGAAUAUCGAAUUCGUCAGCAAACCGAUAUUUACAAACAGAUUCGUGCUAAUAAGGGGUUGAUAGUUCUUGGGGAGGCACCUCCACCAGAACAUACAGCAGACUUACUGCUUCCAUUUAGUUCUGAGGUGAAGACAGAUCAUGGGACUGAUAAAUUGAUUGAAUCUGUUUCUCAGCCACUGGAAAACCAUGGUGCCCCUGUUGGUCCUAUUUCAGAGUCAUUAUCUACCAAAUCAUGUGGAGCACUGAGACCUGUCAAUGGAGUUAUUAACACUCUUCAGCCUGUCUUGGCAGACCAUAUUCCAGGUGACAGCUCAGAUGCUGAGGAACAAUUACAUAAAAAGCAACGACUGAAUCUAGUUUCUUCAUCAUCUGAUGGUACCUGUGUGGCAGCCCGGACACGUCCUGUACUGAGCUGUAAGAAGCGGAGGCUUGUUCGACCCAAUAGCAUUGUCCCUCUUUCUAAGAAGGUUCACCGGAACAGCACAAUCCGCUCUGGCUGUGAUGUGAAUCCCUCCUGUGCACUGUGUGGUUCAGGCAGUGUCAACACCAUGCUUCCUGAAAUCCACUACGAAGCCCCUCUGUUGGAACGCCUUUCCCAGUUGGACUCUUGUGUUCACCCUGUGCUAGCAUUUCCAGAUGAUGUUCCCUCGAGCCUGCACUUCCAGAGCAUGCUAAAGUCUCAAUGGCAGAACAAGCCUUUUGACAAAAUCAAACCUCCCAAAAAGUUCUCACUUAAGCACAGAGCACCCAUGCCAGGCAGUCUGCCGGAUCCAACUCGUAAAGACAGGCACAAGUUGGUCAACUCCUUCCUGACAACAGCCAAGCUGUCCCAUCACCAAACCCGGCCUUACAGGACCCACAGGCAGCACUUAGACGAUGUGGGGGCUGUGCCCAUGGUGGAGCGAGUGACAGUGCCAAAAGCAGAGCGCUUGCUCAACCCACCGCCACCCAUGCAUGACCCAAACCACAGCAAAAUGAGAUUGCGAGACCAUUCAUCUGAGAGAAGUGAAGUGUUGAAGCAUCACACAGAUGUGAACAGUUCAAGCUACUUGGCUGCUGCCCACCAUCCACCACACAGUCCCUUGGUGCGACAGCUUUCCACCUCGUCAGACAGCUCCGCACCCACCAGCUCUGGCUCACAGGUUACAGCCAGUGCUUCUCCAGUAAGGAGGAGAAGGGGAGAGAGCUCGUUUGACAUUAAUAACAUUGUCAUCCCAAUGUCUGUUGCUGCGACAACUCGAGUAGAGAAACUACAAUACAAGGAAAUCCUUACUCCCAGCUGGCGGGAGGUUGAUCUUCAAUCUCUGAAGGGGAGUCCUGAUGAGGAGAAUGAGGAGAUCGAGGACCUAUCUGAUGCAGCCUUCGCCGCCCUGCAUGCCAAAUGUGAGGAAAUGGAGAGGGCACGGUGGCUGUGGACCACGAGUAUGCCACCCCAGCGGCGGGGCAGCAGGUCUUACAGGUCAUCAGACGGCCGGACCACCCCACAGUUGGGCAGUGCCAACCCCUCCACUCCACAGCCCGCCUCCCCUGAUGUCAGUAGUAGCCAUUCUCUGUCAGAGUUAUCCCACGGUCAGUCUCCUAGGAGCCCCAUUAGCCCAGAACUGCACUCGGCACCUCUCACCCCUAUGGCUCGGGACACUCUGCGACACUUAGCCAGCGAAGACACCCGUUGUUCCACACCAGAGCUGGGAUUGGAUGAACAGUCUGUCCAGCCAUGGGAGCGACGAACCUUCCCCCUGCCAUACAGUCCCCAGGCAGAGUGUGAGGACCAGCUGGAUGCACAGGAACGGGCAGCCCGCUGCACUCGCCGCACCUCAGGCAGCAAGACUGGUCGGGAAUUAGAGGUGGCACCCACCUCGCCUCCCAUUGUCCCCCUCAAGAGUCGGCAUCUGGCAGCAACGGUCACAGCUCAGCGCCCAACUCACAGAUGAGCUGGAGAUGAGAAUCUAAACAGACUCACUAACUAUUGGCAUUAAAGCUUCAGAAAUCUCUGCGUUUGAUAUUCAAACAUCAUAUGCCGGAAAUUUUCACAGUUUUUAGUGAAUUUAAGGAAUUUAGAUCCUCCUUUGGUAUUUUUUUUUCCUCAUUUUGAUUUUUGUUUUGUUUCUGUUUCCAUGUUUUCUUGUCACCCACCUGAGCACUUCCUCUAGUUGGCAGACAAGUUCAGGAUAAGACCCUGAUGGCCUGGUCCUGGUACAUCCUCUGCGCUGUUGAAUCACUGGACUUAGCAAUGUUAGAUGAUCACCCCUCUCCUUCAUACCUGUGGGCAGGAUAGAAAAGCCAAAGGGCAGAGGGGAUGGAAAGCUCCAGUUCAGCAUGGCCUUUUAGUUUAGGAUGGGACAGAACAAGGGCACUCUGGGCUCUUACUCCCCUUCCCUCCCAUCUGUGGCUUGGCUAAGCUCUAGUGUUUCUGGCUGGGUCCCCCUACCCCCGCUUUGGUUUUCUGUGCUGGAGAACCCCAUCAGAGCCUCUUUGCCAUAAUUGCCAGCUGUUCUCACUGAGCUCUCAGCCAGCAGGAUGGCUCCCCCUUGUCACCCAGGUCUUCAAGACCUGUUUUCAGUUUCAUCUGCAUUUGGUCAUCUCUUUCUUGACUCCUUAACUGCAGUAACCUGGCUGCGGCUGCUCAGGUUCCCCCAUCCUGCCCCUUCCUGCCCUUCCUCGUCUGCUCCCCAUGCCAUGCACACACCCACACACAUCAGUCCUCCCAUGUUGGCCUGGUCUGUGAAGGUAGGGUCUCCUUAACCUCAUCCCCACUCCCCUACAAACUAGGAGAUUGGGGAUGCGAGCAGCCAUCUCCCCUGUAUAAUUUUGCUUUCACUGACUGGUUCACUUUGUCAUGUUUCCUUCACCUCUAUUUCCCUGUCAGUGUCAAUUAGACUCUUCCUCUUUCACGCUCCCCUUGCCUGUGGAACAUUGUCUGGACCUUGCUGUGGUUUUCAUCACUCCCCAUCACCCUCCUUUGUUAACCUUGUGCUUGUCUCAUGUGUAACCACAUCACCAAAAAGGGGGCGGGGGGAAGGACUUUUUUUUUCUGCCAUUUUGUAAUCGUAUAAAAAUUAUAGGCAAAACUGCUUAAUGGUUGGGGUUUUUUCACAAUUUUCAACAUUAGUGAUUUUUUUUUUCUGUUUGCAAGUUAAAGGGUUUGUCAUUGUUUCUUUAAACAACAAUAAUGCACCAUAUCCCUAUGCAUAAAGUGCUUCUUCUAUUUAUAAGGUUGAAAAUUCUGAAUAACCCUUUUAGCAUUGUAAAAAAAAAAAAAAAAGACAAAAAGAAAAAAAAAACAAAAAUUAAAAAAAACUUGUAUUUUGUAAAUAUUUUCUUUUCCUGCUUUGAGCUGUGUAAUGGCAGCGAAACAUGUAGCUGUCUUUGUUCUAUAGAAAUGCUUUUCUUCAGAGAAGCUGAUCUUUGUUAAUGUCUUGAUUCUGUUCGCAAAGCACAGACUAGUGCUUAAAAAAAAGGAAGGAAAAAUGAAAAAAAUAAUAAUAAAAAAAAAAAGAGUUACAGAAUAUUGGGUGUCAGCCCUUUAUUGACCUACGAGACUUUGGUGUCCAUGGCAGUGAUGGUAGCUCUGGAGGCAGCUCUGCUGGAGCCAGACUUUGGGGAGUCUGGCUGGCUCUGAACCUUGGAGACCUUUGUCUUCUGGGAGCAUGGCAGGUUCAUGUGAUGGUCAUGAGAGAGGACAUGAUGGUUUUCACUGAGAUGAGGGGUACCAGGAGGAGAGAGGCCCGCACAAGACUGUCUGAUCUUACUGAGUGAAAGCAGUCCAUCUGUGGCCUCUCAGUGUUCUUUCUCUAGUGAGGCCAGCACUGUAUGUAUCUAAAUCUAAAUUGUUCUUUAAUGAAGAUUUUAUUUUUCACCAUUUAACUUUUCUGGAGUUGGGAGUCAAUGAGAAUAUGUAUAAUUUUAAUGGUACCUGGAUUGUUUCUUUGGCCUGCCACCUAAGAGAUCACAACAUAUUUCUCCUGAGGAGGCUAAGUGCUUGGUUUCCUUUGUAGAAGACGAAUGAGUGGGUGGACCCGGUUCUCUCUCUCUCCUCCUUUCCAUAGCAGUGAAGCCAGAACAGCAAAUGAGGCUGCAAUCAUGGCUCUGAAAGCAGUCAUUCUGAGAGCAUCCCUUGUUAGCUAGCUGGUGCUGCUGCUUUAGUUGGAGUUAAGAUCUGCUUGACUGAAGUAGCUCCCAGCAGUAUCAUGACCUUGACAUGAUUACUAAGGAAUAAUAUGGUGAGUUAAUCCGCAAUAAGGUUCCAAAGGAAAGAAGACAGCUAUGUGUAUAAACCUGUAAGGGAUCUAAGCCAUUCAUUCAGGUAAAUGACUUAUUUUCUGCUUUAGUCUCAGGCCUCUAGACUAAUCUCAGGUUCGAGUGCACUGGCAUGGGUCUUAAUGCUUUAGUACAGUAUUGUGAGUUUAAUGGGUAUUCAUUGCCCAUUUGAGUUGGUCGGAAAGGUUUGCCAGAACUAGAAUGAAAGCAUCAACUGAGAAUGACCAAGUAUGGAUUCUCUUUUCACCUUCAGGUCCCCAGAAAGAGCUGUUAAGCCUCAUGUCCAGCUUUUAACAAAAUGGUUAUUUCUUGUUCUAAGUUUAAGUGUGAAAAAGAACUUGGGAGUUAUACAUUCUGUAUAAUUUUCUUGUCCUUGGAAUCCAUGAGCCAGAGAUCUUAUUUAAUCAGAGUAAUAACUUUAUUUCCAAAUUCACUUUUACAUCAACAGUCAGUGUAAAUCAUUUGUUAAAACACACAAUACACUAUAUGGACAUUCACAGACAGAAAGCUAAGCUAAAAUGAUUUUAUGU